GACGCGAAUUUAUAAAAAGAAAACAAGUUAAUUAAGACGCGUUCUCUAUUAUAACUUUUAAUUUUUGUCAGGGUAAUGCGCGCUGGUUCGCAAACAACAUUGCCGUUUUCUGUAGGAAAGGUUAGCUUUCCUUCAUCAAAGCGAAAAGUUUUGGAAGAACAUGACGAUUCAAACGAUGCCAAACUUCCAGCUGCUCCCACAUCUUCUCCAGUUCUAAAAAGGAAAGCCGCCCAUCAGGAAACAUCAGAAUCUUUGAAACAGGACCCACCUACCGUUUUACCAAAUUAUGCGUUGGUAAAGCAUCCUUUAGAGUCUUUCUUUUCUGCUCUGGACAUCUGCUGGAGCUUUCAUAUUUCCAUAAAUACAAAGCCAACAUUUCAAAUUUUGCAACCGAAUGUCUCCUCGUCGAUAAAACUGUCGUUUCACUUGUCUCACCUUGCCCAAAUCCUAACCAUAUGGCCGGAAGCGUACCGACUAAGGCCAUGUAUCUCAACAUAUCAGGGCCACCGAGUUGCUACAUAUGAACUUCAACCUUCGUCCCAAAAAUUAUCAAGCGCUAAUACAUCUCGCAUACAGGAAUUUCAUCGUCGUCUCGUUAGGUACUUUGAGAUUCAUCCUCAAGCUCAAAAUAUUCCCGAAUCUGAACUUCCUCCUUUGCCUAGCUUAAAUCAAAAUAAUUUUGGAACACCUUCGUUGACUGAAUUAUUUCGUUUAAAAAAGACCGCAUCUCCAAAGAAGGUAAUCUCGGGUGGCCCAGAGAAGGAAGAAGGUGAAACUGACAAACAUGGUUAUACAGAUCAAGAUCCGUCGUCUUUUGAAAAGCAAGUAGAAUCAUCGGUUACUCCCGUUGCUUCUAAAUCUUCCUUGCAGUUGAAAAGUCAUGGUACAAGUGGCGUUGUUACAAAGAAAGAGAAUCCAGCACAACUAUCACUGCGGCAGUCUUCACUGUUUGACCGUGUUCGCAAAAAGCAGAAGGUUGUAGAAGCUAAGAAAAUUGAAAUAAGCAAAAAGGACCCUGUUCUACAAAAGCUCUCUUCUGAAAAAGUUUCCCUGGUUCGAAUCAUUGACCUUAUUUUCGUUCAGCUUUCGACUUGGCCUUCAAAGCGUUCUUUUUCUAUGACGGAGUUGGUAUCUAGCAUUCAAAAAUCUCUUUCUUGCAAUACGUCUUCUAGUGAAUGUAUUGACAUGGUUCAAUUACUUGCUUCUACGCUUCCUUCAUGGUGUUCCAUCCACUAUUUAGGGAAUGUUCAGGUGGUUACCUUCACUAGAAUGGUUCAAGGGAAACCCUACCUUCGUUCUCAGAUUCUUUCUGAAUUAAAUCAGAAAAUCAGUCAAUAAUCACACUCCAUUUUCAUGUAUGUUCUCUAAAGGACACUUCUUCGCUUAACAAUUUGGAUCCUUGGUUUGUUAAGCUGCUGGCGGCUUAAUUAUACUUUUGUUUAUUCUAUUUUUUGCUCUUAAAUAUUACGAACGUUUUAUGACCUUUGCAUUAGUGUUUACAAUUCUUUAAUCGAUGUUUUUUAAUUCAAAUGUUGUACC